ACCCGGCCAUUUUUCUUGUCAUUGUGCCAUUUCCAACUUGACAGUGCAUUCAACUUUAUUUAGCAGUGCUCCGGUAAAUUUUUAUAAAACAGUUUGUCGUCAAAUAUAUUACUUGCAAUGGAAAGUGCCCCUAAGCUAGAUAAGAACACGGCGCCUUUACCGCAAAGGCAGCGCAAUCCAGUAAAUAAAAAUGUCGGCAAGCAAAUGGGCCAGAAAUUGAAUGAGUCCUCCGAUGGAUCUCCAUCUGAAAAGAAGGCACGAUUCAGUCAAAAUGCCCAGAAUGGUGGAGUGACGGGUGGCGCUAACGUUGGUGGCGGUGGCGGUGGCGGUGCUGGUGGUAGUGGCCCGAAUCAAAAUAAGAACUUUGCCAACAAGGGUGGAUUUGGUGGCAUGAAUCGCAAUCGUAACCGCGGCGGCAAUCAAAACCGGCCAAAUUUCCAAGGCCAGAAUAAUGCUGGAAACCAAAAGCCCGUUAACGAUUCGCCAAAGCCGGACGGAGGAAAUGCUCCAGCCAAGAACAAUGAGUCUGGAAACCAAAACCAAGCGAACCAGAGUCAGAACCAAAAUCAGAAUCAGAACCAAAAUCAGAACCAGAACCAAAAUCAGAAUCAGAAUGCAAAUCAAGGACAAGGCCAAGGUGGUCAUGGUAAUCAAGGCGGACAGCAACAAGGUGCUGGUCAAGGCGGCGGACAGGGAUUCAGAGGUCGCGGUGGCAAUGCCGGCGGUGGUGGAGGACCAGGAGGCCCUGGCGGACCUCAACAGCAUCAGCAGCGGGAGAACAGAAAUCGUGGUGGCGGUCAACGAUCGGGCGGUCCCGGUGGCAUGAACAAUGCGUCCAUGGGUGGUGGCGGUGGUCCCGGCGGUCCUGGUGGUGGACGCGGUGGCGAAGAUUUCUUCAUUGCCCAGCGGUUGCGCAGCAUUGCUGGACCCACCUUGGAGUUGCCACCCGUCGAAGUGCCGGCUGAGACUAAGUUCUCUGGCCGAAAUCGCCUAUAUGUGGGCAAUCUAACUGGAGACAUUACCGACGAUGAGCUGCGCGAAAUGUUUAAGCCGUACGGUGAGAUUGGCGAGAUCUUCUCUAAUCUGGACAAGAACUUUACAUUCCUGAAGGUAGACUACCAUUUGAAUGCCGAGAAGGCCAAGCGCGCUCUCGAUGGCUCGAUGAGAAAGGGUCGGCAGCUGCGUGUCCGGUUCGCCCCCAAUGCGACCAUAUUGCGUGUCAGUAAUCUCACCCAGUAUGUAACAAACGAGCUGCUGUACAAGUCCUUUGAGAUCUUCGGCCCCAUCGAGCGGGCCAUCAUCACCGUGGACGAUCGUGGCCGCCACACUGGCGAGGGUGUCGUUGAGUUUGCAAAGAAGUCGUCCGCUAGCGCCUGCCUUCGACUGUGCAAUGAGAAAUGCUUCUUCCUGACUGCUUCACUCCGUCCAUGCCUGGUCGAACCAAUGGAUGUGAAUGACGACAAUGACGGGUUGCCCGAGAAGACAAUGAACAAGAAGAUGCCGGAGUUUUGCCAGGAGCGUUCAAUUGGUCCUCGCUUUGCCGAUCACAACUCGUUUGAGCACGAGUAUGGAUCGCGGUGGAAGCAACUUCACGAUCUGUACAAGAGCAAGCAGGACGCACUGAAGCGAGAGCUUAAAAUGGAGGAGGACAAGUUGGAGGCUCAGAUGGAGUAUGCACGCUAUGAGCAAGAAACGGAACUGUUGCGUCAAGAAUUGAGAAAGCGCGAAGUUGACAACGAGCGCAAGAAGUUGGAGUGGGAGAUGCGCGAGAAGCAGGUUGAAGAUAUGCGCAAGCGCGAGGAGGAGACCAUGCGUCGCCAUCAGGGCGAGAUGCAGAACCACAUGAUCCGUCAGGAGGAGGAUAUGCGCCGUCGGCAGCAGGAGAACACACUGUUUAUGCAGGCUCAGCAGCUGAAUUCAAUUCUGGAUCAGCAAGAAGGCUUCGGCGGCGGUGGAAACAGCUCCAGCUUUGACAACUUUGGUGGAAACAGCAAUUCACCAUUCGAAGUGUUCCGAGGCAAUAACAACAACAAUUCUACCAUGGUUGGAAAUUCUGGUCCCGGCGGUGGACCCAAUGCACAGGACUCCUUCGCUUUUGAAUUUGGGGUUAACAAUAUGAACCAAGGCGGAAAUCAACGUGGAAAUAAUGGCGGAGGAAAUAAUGCCCCAUGGGGACGUCGUCGUUUUUAGACACACUCUGGAGAGCAUAAAUAAACAUACUAUAUAAGGAUGACAAACAAAUGCAUAACGUAUUCUACUCACAGGCAAUGAUUACGUUGAUUUUAACUUGACUUUAUCGCUCUCUUUUGUUUGCCUCGUCGAAUGAUUAAAACAAAUAAUUAUCACAAAAAAAAGAGAGAGCCACGUAUCGUAUCGUUAAAUCCUAUGCAAUGCUGCACAACCCCAAAACCAAUAAAUCAAAAAAAUAUACAA